CCCAUACCGAAACUACUUGUAUAGCCUGCUAGCUACUUUGUCGUCGUCGUCGUCGUCGUCGUCGCCGCCGCCGCGCCUGGCAUGUCGUCCAGCCAGGCCAAGCUCACUCUUCGAGCACCGCCUCAUCGGCAAUUCAUCACCGGGUGGCCUGGCAUCCCAGCUGGCCAAGGCAGACCCGCUGCUCAUAUCGCUGGAGAAGUCGAGGUCAGACUAGGAGGCAAAGGGCUCAAGGCAUCAUGGCUUCGCAUCGAGCUGCGCAAGCUCGAAAUGACGCCUAGUGGGGAGAAUUGGGGAGAGCUCAUUGGCAAGGGGCCAAUCGAGGUCUGGAAGGCAGAAGGUAACGCAGAAACAGACGCUGAGGGAAGAUGGGACCUUAUUCAGACGGAGGACUUUCCCUUCAAGAUCUUGAUACCCGAAGGUUUGCCUCCCACUGCGAGACUGGACAAGCAGAUUGGCAUCAGCUACGAGAUGGUGACCAGCUUGUGCGUCAAGGCAAAGAAAGGCCUGCUGCGAAAGGAGGACACAUCUAGCAUCAUUCAGUCAACCCACCCCAUCUCCAUUGAGAAGCACGAGCUGCAUUCAACGUGGCCCAUCUACUCUGUUGCCGACGAUCACGAGCUCAUGGCCAACCAAGUCAUCGCGCGAGUCUAUCGCAAGCAGACUUGCUUCGGUCCUGGCGACAAGGCAGAGAUCAGAGUCAUCCUCACCUCCAAGAAUGUCUCGCCCGUCAAGAUCAAGUCGAUCGCCUUCUCGAUUCGCGAGACCGUCACUUUCAAGGGCAACAAGCGGCAGAGUCGCAUGAUGGGAGGCGCGACAAAGACUGGCAAUCAGCGUACUGACAGUAUUGUGCAAAAGGCUCAAAGUCUGGGCAUCAAGCUCUACAAGGGCGACGUCAAGACGUACGAUAUUGCGCUCACCAUCCCAAAAACGCACUCGCUCAUGACGAUCCAGACGGCCAAGCACAUCGAGGUCGCAUAUACGAUGCGAGUCUAUGUCGACACGAAGCAGCCCAUCAUUAUCGACCAUCUGCCGAUGACCAUCACAAACGUGCCUCGUGCUACCUCGGCAACUGUUGUGCCAGAGAUUGGCUUCGUGCCCGGCCUCUCGGCGCCCAUCAGCUCAAAGCAGUCGCAGUCAUAUGGCGAGAGCAUCCAGAGGCCCAUGUCCGCUGGAGCAGGGGGAUCGGCGCCUCGACGUACCCCGACGCAGUCGACAGGCUCCACCGUCAAGCCUGGUCCGCAGCGCUCCUUGUCCUUCCUCAGCUCGGCACCCUCACACAGGUCAGGGGACUCAGGCUAUGGCUACGGAGGGCCAUCUGCUGCCAACCUCGGGCGACGAGACACGAUGAUGACCACUGCAUCAGGACCUGGCAUGGCAGGUCGCGGUGUCCCCGGUCAGAUCUUCAGCUGGCAGCAGCAAGGCGACCAGGUCUUCACGACAGCCUUUGGACAAGCUCACUCCGGUCCCAAGCCUGCCUUCGCAGGACCAGCCAGUAUCUACGAAGGUCGCGAGCUUGCCCCCGAGGAGAAUCGUGCACUGUUUCACCACUCGUUCUCGACUCCUCUCGGUCAAGUCUUCGAGGGACAGGAGGCGGUUCCUGCAGUCAAUUAUGACUUCCAUCAUCAGCAAGAAGGCGGUGCUGGGUACCCUCGCACUGGAGGCACGUCCUCCGCUGCUAGCUCUUCGCAGCAUUUGCGCCCUAGCAGGCAGUCCCACGAUGCGGAAGAGGACGUAAGGCCAGUCAGACCAGCAUCUAGUGGGCCGCAGUCGCAUGAUGCGGCCGAAGCAGAGAAGGAGAGAUUGUACCAGCGGGCAAGACAGCAAGCAGAGAAAAAUCAACGUCGAGCUGCUGAGGCUCUGGCGGCUGCGGCUGCGGGCAGGAGCGCAGGGACGCCAACUGGCCACCGAACCGUGUCCUCACCGACAAGCCCCACGACGCUGAGCAAUGAGAAGCAAGUGCUGUACGAGCGAGCGAGACGAGAGGCAGAGAGAUACCAGGCAGGCUACGUGCAAGGCGCUACCUUCCCGCAGGAUGACUUCUCGUCGCCAGAAGAGGUACCGUCGCCGGGAGGAUCAGGCAAUGGCAGCAGCUCCAGCAAUGUAGCUACCUCGUCUGCUGUUGCGAGCCAAUCAUCGGGAGCAAAGCCGCAACGCCACUCGCAGCAGGUCACUAGCUUCCCCUCAGCGGCAGAGGAGAAGGCUCGACUCUAUGAGGCAGCCAAAGCGGAGCGAGACGCCCACCUCGCAGGGUCUGCUAGGCGGUCUCCAGCCCAAGCGAGCCCGGCAGUAGGCUCGUCUUCCAGCCAGGCAAGGCCGCAGUCGGCGUCUGUGUACCCAUCAGCACACGAGGAGAAGCAACGCUUUGCAGCCGCACAAGCGGAGCGCGAUGCCUUCCUGCGAGCGCAGCAAGGUGCAGGUGGCCUCUCCUCCUCAUCGUCUGCAUCAGCAGCACCGCCUCCACCUGCCUCAUCGAACGGGCACGCCAACUCCUCACACGGUUUUCCAUCGGCCGAGGACGAGAAGCGGCGCCUGUACGAUAAGGCCAAGGCAGAGGCUGAUGCCGCGCAACGGCAGUCUCCACCAUCAUUCUCUUCUGCAGCAGCUCCUUCGGCCUCAGCCUCGCGCGGGUCGAUGCCACCAGGGUCAUCUUUCCCCUCUGCAGAAGAAGAGAAACGUCGUCUCUACGAGCAAGCCAAGGCCGAAGUGGACGCCCACCAGAGCGUAGGCGGUACUAUGAUGAGCGCGAGCGCGAGCAACUCGUCUGCCGCCUCCUCGCUCGCCUCCCCAUCCGUCGCCUCUGCCGCGGCCCCGAUGACUCCGGCGGUGAUGAGCGCGGAAGACGAGAAGACUCAGUUGAAGCGCUACUACGAGGCGCAAGAUGCCGUGGCUCAACGGAUGGCUGAACAGCAGAGCCUGAUGGACCAUGGCUCUUCUUCCUCGUCAGCCGCAGCGCCUCCUCCGUUAGCCAGACCGGCUGCAUCGUACGCAUCGGGAUACUUCAAUGGCGGGCCCAGCCAGGCAACGCCACCGAUUGCUGCCUCGUCUGCUGGUAGAUCACCAGUUCCGGCCUCUCCCUCACACCACAACGCUUCCUUCGACAACACCCACGACCUCGAUGACUCGUCAAGCGUCAUCUCCAUCCCAUAUCGCUCCGCCUCCGUUCUCGCAGGCAAACAGCGUUCUGCACCUUCCCCUACCUCUUCACCCCCUCCGCCAACCUUGCCUACUUUCAGCUUUUCGAGUCUGCAGAGCAGCUUGCCCCAGAGUAAUGGUGGCGCUGUGAGCGGUGGUAGUAAUGGGUUUGGGAGCUUCUCGACGCUCGGCCAACCAGGACCUCCUACCCCAGGGUCGGCCAGGUCGAGCAUUUAUGCGCCCAAGAUGGCGCCGAUUGAUUGGCAUGAGGAGGAGGAGUACGAGGACCGGAGAUCUGCGACUGGGUCUGCAGGAGGAGGGGGAGGAGCAGCACCACCCCCACCGCUGCCGCCCAAGACACCGCUAUCCCCUGCUGGAGGGACGAUGCCCGGUGGUUUCCGUUGAUCUGCAGGUGAGGGAGCACGCCAAUGCAGCAGAUGAUGAUGGUGUCGCGAUGACAAUGGACGAUUAUGAUUCGAUGGAGGCAGAGAAUGAGUGUAUAUCGCGGCUCGUGAAUGUACAAAUACAGAAAAGUGGAAAUGAUGAUACUUCGUCGUGGCUCGCCCUACUCA